UGGAAAAAAAAUAAAAAAUAAAAAAGGUGACAUGCCACAGGUGCGAUAUUGGUUCAUGAUGCCGUAGUGUUUUUUAUUAUUACAGUGAUAUGCAUUUGUAUUUGUAUAGAUGAUAAUUAUGAUAUCAAUAUAUUUUACAUGUGUAUGUACAUUAUUGCAUUAGUGUAAUAAUAUGUGUUAAUGUUAUACGUGAUAAACAUUGGGUUUCAUCGUGAACUACUGGAGUAGACUUGGAGUAGUAGAGUGGGUCAAUCAAGAAAAAGAAGAAGUUUGUUGGCUAUUUUUCAUAUUAUUCAACAAAUUUAUAAUUUUUUUUAUUUUUUAUUUAUAAUAUUAUUCAUACAAUAAUUUAUAAUUUUAUACAUUUUUUAAAUUUAAAUAAUUUGUUGAUAUUUUUUUUUUAAAAACUAUAUUUUUUUUUUUUAUUUUUUUCUUUGUCGAAAAAUAAUAUAUUAAAAAUGGCAAUGCACAGUGAAAUAGUUGGCAUUGAUGAUUUUGUACUUCUUGAUGAAAUAACAAAUGAAAAAAUUGUCGAAAAUUUACGAAUAAGAUUUUCUGGUGGUAAAUUUUAUACAUACAUUGGUGAAGUUUGUGUAAGUGUAAAUCCUUACAAAAGUACACAUGAAUAUGAUCAAAAUCACAUCAAUAAAUAUAAAGGUAGAGAAUUAUUUGAAAAUCCUCCUCAUAUAUUUGCAAUUGCUGAUGCGGUACAUAGGCAAAUGAAACAACAAUGUCAGGAUACAUGUAUUGUUAUAAGUGGAGAAAGUGGAAGUGGUAAAACAGAAGCAAGUAAAAUAAUAAUGAAAUAUAUUGCAGCAAUAACAAAUGUCAAUGGUCAACAAGAAAUAGAACGUGUUAAAAAUGUAUUAAUACAAUCAAAUUGUAUACUUGAAGCAUUUGGUAAUGCUAAAACAAAUCGUAAUGAUAAUUCAUCACGUUUUGGUAAAUAUAUGGAUAUUAAUUUUGAUUUUAAAGGUGAUCCAAUUGGUGGUCAUAUUACAAAUUAUUUACUUGAAAAAUCACGUGUUGUUUAUCAACAAAAUGGUGAACGUAAUUUUCAUUGUUUUUAUCAUUUAUUAUGUGAAAAAAAUUUAGAUAAAUAUAAUUUAAUAUCAAAUACAAAAUUAUAUAAUUAUAUUAAAAAUGGUAAAACAAUAACAACUGAUAGAAGUGAUUUUAAAAAUGUUAAUACAGCAAUGACAACACUUGGUUUUACAAGCAAUGAAAUAACAACAAUAUGGUCAAUAAUAUCUGGUAUAUUACAUCUUGGAAAUAUUAAAUUUACUGUUGAUUCAGAUAAUUUAAUAAUUGAAAAUAAUACAUCACUUGAUAGUACAUCAAAACAGCUAUCAAUUAAUAAUAAUGAUUUAAAAAAUGCAUUAUUACAACGUACAAUUGCUGCUGGUGGUGAAAUAAUGGAAAAAAAACAUUCAUUAAAUGAAGCUGAUUAUGGACGUGAUGCAUUUUCAAAAGCAAUUUAUGAACGUUUAUUUACAUGGAUUGUAACACGUAUUAAUGAUUCAAUUAAUAUUAAUAAUAAUAGUAAUAAAAAAUAUUUUAAAGGUACACUUAUUGGUGUAUUAGAUAUUUAUGGUUUUGAAAUAUUUGAUUUAAAUUCAUUUGAACAAUUUUGUAUAAAUUAUUGUAAUGAAAAAUUACAACAGUUAUUUAUUGAACUUGUAUUAAAACAAGAACAAGAAGAAUAUCGUAAUGAGGGUAUUGAAUGGAAAAAAAUUGAUUAUUUUAAUAAUCAAAUAAUUUGUGAUUUAGUUGAACAACAACAUAAAGGUAUAUUAUCAAUAAUGGAUGAAGCAUGUUUAAAUGUUGGUAAAAUAAAUGAUGAAAUGUUACUUGAAGCAAUGGAUAAAAAAUUAUCAAAUCAUAAACAUUUUAAUUCACGUCAAUUAUCACCAAUGGAUAAAAAAAUAUUACAUAAAAUUGAAUUUCGUAUAAAGCAUUAUGCUGGUGAUGUUGUUUAUAAUAUUAAUGGUUUUUUAGAUAAAAAUAAAGAUACAUUAUUUCAAGAUUUUAAACGUCUUAUGUUUAAUAGUAAUAAUUCAAUAAUAUCUAAAAUGUGGCCUGAGGGUUCACAGGAUAUUAGUAAAACAACAAAAAGACCAUUAACAGCUGGUACAUUAUUUAAAAAUUCAAUGAUUUUACUUGUUAAUAAUUUAACAAGUAAAAAUCCAUUUUAUAUUAGAUGUAUUAAACCAAAUGAAAUUAAAUCACCAGUUGUAUUUGAUAAUGAAAGAGUUGAACAUCAAGUUAGAUAUUUAGGUUUACUUGAAAAUAUAUUAGUUAGACGUGCUGGUUUUGUUUAUCGUCAACGUUAUGAUAGAUUUUUAAAAAGAUAUAAAAUGAUAUCACAACAUACAUGGCCAAAUUAUCGUGGUUAUAAUGACAAAGAAGGUGUACAAGUACUUAUUGAAGAUAAAAAUUUUACUCAUGAUGUUAAAUAUGGUAAAACAAAAAUAUUUAUUAAAUCACCAAAUACAUUAUUUGCCUUGGAACAAGCUAGAAGUAAUCUUAUACCUGGUAUUGUUAUAUUAUUACAAAAACAAUGGAGAGGAUAUAUAUGUCGUAGAGAAUAUAAAAAAAUCAAAGCAGCUAUUGUUAUUAUUAAUUAUUUUAGAAAAUAUAAAAUGAGAAAAUAUAUUACUGAUUUAUAUGAAUUAUUUAAGAAUGCUAAAAAUAUGAAAGACUAUGGAAAAAAAUUAAUAUGGCCAAAUGAUAAUUAUUAUGUACGUCAUGUUGUUUAUAAACUGAAAAUGAUUUAUUCAAGAUGGUAUGCAUGGAUGAUAUUACGUAAUAUACCAAUUAAUGAAUGGCCACAAUUGAGACUUAAAAUAACAGCAAAUUGUGCAUUACGUCCAAAACGUAAAUUAUUUGGUCAAGAAAGAAAAUGGGAGGGUAAUUAUUUAUCUAAAAAUGAUGAAAAUUUACAAUCAAAUAUAUUUAAUUUAUCAAUGAAUAAUUUACGUAAUACUGAUCAUUUUAAAACAAUAUUAUUUUCAUCAUUUAUUAAAAAAACAAAUAAAUAUAAUAAACAAGCCGAUCGUGUAUUAGUUAUAACUGAGCAUGCUAUUUAUAAACUUGAUAAUAUUAAAUUUAAAAAUAUGAAAAAAUCAAUACCAAUUAUUGAAAUAACUGGUAUAAGUGUAUCACCUGGUGCGGAUCAACUUGUUGUUAUACAUUCAAAUAAAGGAAAUGAUUUUAUUAUGUCAAUAACAACUAAAGAAAAUCGUGUUGGUGAAAUUGUUGGUGUUUUAAGCAUGAGAUAUUAUCAACUCAGAGGAAGUGAUCUUCAUGUUAAUGUUGAUACGACAUUUAAAUGUAUGGUUGGUGGUAAAAGUAAAUAUUUACGAGUUGAAGUUAAACCAACAGUAACAACACCAACAUUUUUAAAAGAUGGUGAUAUUAUUGUUUAUGCUAUUCCUCCGUCCGUUGAUAUUAUUGAUAAUGGUGUCAAUGAUAGACACCAUUAUCGAUAAAUUUCAUUAUUUUUAUUAUAAUAAACAACAACAUCAUCACAAUAAAUUAUUUACAAUAAUAUUAUUUUAAUAUUCUACAUACCAUAAUUAAGAAUGUACUUAAAAAACAAAAAAAAGGAAAAGGCAAAAUCAAAAAUAAUUCAAGCUAUUUCUGUUUAUAGACAGAAGUAUUUUUUUUUUUUUUCUACAUAUAUAAUUAUUUACUUUAUUAUUUUAUUUCGUACAUUUUUUUUAAUAAGCAUAAUAUUAAUAUAUAUAUUAUAUAAUAUACGUCAUGAAUUUAUUUUUUAAAAUUAAAUAUAUGUAUAUUUUUUUGAAGGUACAUUUUUAUACAAUAUUUAUCUUAUAUUAAACAACAAGUACGACAUGUGCCAUUAAGAAAAUUUGCUAAUUUUGUGAACGAAAAAAAGUAAAAUAAAAUUUUUAAUAAAUUAUUAAACA